AUGUCCACCCAAACCUCCGAGUUCCGUCUGUUUCCCAAGCUUCCUGCCGAAUUGCGCGAGGAGAUCUGGUGUCUCUGCCUUCCACAUCGAGUCCGCGAAGUGAAUCAGGCGGUCCCUUACAUUAUAUUCUACGACCGUGACAAUCCCAACAACAUCGACAUCGGCCCGUGGCCGUGCGAACUCUGGGAGACGACGUUCGAGAAUAGACGCCCACCAGUAGUCUCGUGCGUAUGCUGGGAGUCCAGGAGUGUCGCUUUCAAGUCUGGCGGGAUGCUGCCGUCGAACUUCACUCGCGAUUGGCCCGUGGAAGCUCAAUGGCACCAUACGAUGGAAAUCAUUGACGGAUGGCGAGAUCGCGCCCGAGACACUGUUCAUUCGAGCUGGGAGUCUACCUGCGAUGUUGAUUGGCCACCGAUCUACGAUCAUGCGCUUCCCUUUCUCGCAUGGAACGCAUCGGACGGGUCAGUCGGCGGUUCAAUGAGGAUCGAAGGCAUUGACCCCAACUUUGACAUGGUAGAUCCCUUCGAUGAGCAGUCCACGGAUGAUGAGUUUGAUCCCAGUUGGAUAAUCCCUGUGUCCCAAAGGAAGCUCAGCGACGGCGACCGUCGCGAUUUUGAGGCUCUCAAAAAGUUGCCAAAAUGGCUGGUAGUGAUGCGUAUUAUCGUGGUGCAUUCCGACUUCAAGUCCGCAGUUAUGACAGGCCUGGUUGGAUUGCUUGGAGACGCUCGCAUACAGGUCGUCGAUGUGUCCGAAGAGGACAAGGUCGAGGCCUAUAUGCAACUUGCGGAAUCGUGCGAACAUAAAGCCGAUAUCGCGAUCGCCCAGAAGUUCCAUCGAGAGUCCGCAGACUUUUCGGAGCAUUUGGUGAAAAGAAGUAUCGCACGCCGUUUCAAUCCGGAAGCUUUUCCAGUAGAAGCAGAUAUGCGGCCCGCCGUCAUGUUCCGGCUAUGCACGCGCAUGUGCAACCAUGUCGGUCGGGAAUCUGUUUGA